AUGUCGAGAUCACCUGUGGAACUGGAUUUUUUCCGCAUGGAGUGGGAGAGGAACAGGGACUCUUCUGCUGCUCCCAUUUCUGAACGCAAACGAAGCUUUCGUGGUAUUGUAUCCAAGCUCAAUCCGGAGAUUGUGAAGAGUGCGAUUCAACCUUCUACUUUUGGUGCGAAUAAAUCUCUUCGGCUGGAGACUCACACUUCUUACUCACCAUUGAUACUUCAUGAGCCUAACUCUAGGUCCAGACCGAGUUAUGGUCGUAAUGACAUUGCAGCAACUGAACAAACGACGAUCUUUGAUUUUGAUCUUUUUACCCAAAAGAAACUUGCUGAUGAGGAAAAAGUCCCAAAAUCUGCUGAAUACUUGAACGCCAAAUUAUCAGUCAUUUUGUAUGAACAAGAUCUUUUGGGAACCCUCGAAAAGGGUUUUUUACCAUAUGCUAGGAGAAUUUCUGUGAAGAAAUUUCUAGAGAAGCGAAAAGAGAGGAGGUUAAUCUGGUCCUGCUUUCUACCCUGUUAA